AUGAUCUCCCGAAAACUUAGCAGUCUACUGCUAUCCGCCUCCCUCCUCUCUUUCUUUUCAGAGCCAGCAGUAAUAACCGCCCAACAAAUCGGCACCGGCAUCCCCGAAGUGCACCCCCGUUUCCGUACCCAGAAAUGCACCAAGUUCGGCGGCUGCAAGAACCAGCAAACGUAUCUUGUCGCCGACUCCCGGCACCGGGCCUUCCACAACACCGCAGGCAAGAUCAUCGAGUGCUCCGCCGCCAACAAGACACUCUGCCCGGACGAGGCCACCUGCGCCAAGAACUGCAUCCUCGAGGGCGUGGAAUACGGCAGCUUAGGCGUGCUAGCGAGCGACACGGCCGUGACUCUGCGUAACUAUAUCUUUGACGGGAAGGAGCACAAGGGCGUCAGUCCGCGGGUGUACCUCCUUGCGGAGGAUGGCGAGAAGUACGAGCCGAUCAAGCUGCUGAACCAGGAAAUCAGCUUCCAGGUGGACGCAUCCAAAAUCGGAUGCGGUAUGAACGGUGCGCUGUACCUGUCCGAGAUGGACUUCUCUGGCGGGAAGAGUAAGCUCAACCCGGCUGGGGCCAUGUAUGGGACGGGGUACUGCGAUGCGCAGUGUCCUCAGAGUGACUUCAUCAAUGGCUUGGUAAACCUUAAUUCCUCCGGUGCUUGCUGCAGCGAAAUGGACAUCUGGGAGGCCAACUCACGCGCCACGACCAUGACCUCGCACCCUUGCAAUCACACUGGGCCCUUCACUUGCAAUGGUGAGGAAGAGUGUCUGAACAAGGGAGGAAAGGGCGUAUGUUCCAGAAAAGGCUGCGGAAUUAAUCCUUUCAGGCUUGGUGCCCCGGAGUUCUACGGCAAUGGCGACAAACACAAGGUUGAUACCUCCCGGCCGUUUACAGUCGUCACCCGCUUCUUGACAGACGACAACUCCACAGAUGGCGCCCUCAGCGAGAUCAGAAGGAUCUACGUUCAGGAUGGAAAUAUGAUUCCAAGCACCUCAGUCUCGAAUAUCAAGGCUCUCAACAAGGCCAACAUUUCGCCCAGCGGUGGCAAAUUUGAAGGCGCCUUGACGGAGGGGUAUUGCAAUGCUCGGGACUUCGGCGACCAUGCACAGAUGGAUGGGUUGAAGACGAUGGGUGAGGCGCUGGGUCGCGGUAUGGUUAUGGUAUUCAGCAUCUGGAACUCCAAAGCCGACUCCAUGCAGUGGCUGGACGCCGGGCAAAACGGGCCAUGUCAGGACGGUGAAGGGAAGCCGGCCAAGAUUGCCCAAAAAACGCCGGACGUCACAGUCACUUUUUCCAACAUCAGGUGGGGUGAUAUUGGUUCGACUGCGCAGGUAUGA